AUGGCUGGCAUGACAACCAUUUUGUAAGAAUUUUGAGGUUAUAUCAUAACAAGCAUAAGUUUAAUCACAUAUAUCUUAUCAUUUAAUACACGUAAAAAUGUCAGAAACGGCAGGAAAUUGGUGUUUAAUAGAAAGCGAUCCAGGAGUUUUUACUGAAUUAAUUCGAGAAUUUGGUGUAAAAGGCGUCCAAGUGGAAGAACUGUGGAGUCUGGACCCAGAACAGUUCGAAAAUUUAAAACCAAUUCACGGCCUCAUAUUCCUAUUUAAAUGGACUAAAGAUGAUGAACCGAGUGGUUCCGUCGUUCAAGAUAGCCGGCUGGAAAAGAUCUUUUUUGCACAGCAAGUUAUAGAAAAUGCUUGUGCGACACAAGCUAUUUUAAGUGUACUCUUAAACUGUCGUCAUUCUGAUUUAAAGCUAGGUCAUACAUUAAGUGAAUUGAAAGAUUUCUGUCAAGGUUUUGAUGCAAAUAUGAAAGGAUUAACUAUAAGUAAUUCACCUGUUAUUAGGUCAGUUCAUAAUUCUUUUGCUAGACAACAGUUGUUUGAAUUUGAUCCUUCUUUGGCUAACAAAAAUGAAGACGUUUUUCAUUUUGUAAGUUACGUGCCCAUUGAUGGGAGACUUUAUGAACUUGAUGGUUUGAAAACUGGACCCAUUGAUUUGGGUCCUGUUGCAGCAGAUACAGAUUGGGUUGAUGUUGUUAGGCCGAUCAUUGAGAAAAGGAUACAAAGGUACAACGAAGGCGAAAUCCAUUUCAACCUGAUGGCGAUAGUUAGUGACCGAAAAAUGUUAUAUCAGAGACAAAUAGAAACGAUACAAAAGUACAUUGAAGAGUCUGGAAUGGAAACAGAUUCUCAACAGACUGAACUCGCACGACUUCGCUUACUAAUCGAAGAGGAAGAUAACAAAAAACGCCAAUAUCAGGUUGAAAAUAUUCGACGCAAGCAUAAUUAUCUACCGUUAAUAGUAGAAAUUUUAAAAAUUUUAGCCAAAGAAGGAAAACUGCUGGCUUUGUAUGAACAAGCUAAACAAAAAUCUCUCAAAAAACAAAAAGCGAAAAUGUCUUCUUAAAAUUGUGUAUUUUUCGUAAUAAAAGUAAUUUUCAAAUGAA